AGCAACCGCCGGCGCAGGGGCGGAGCCUCCGGAAGGCGGGGCUUGCGUUCGCUCGCCGCCUGAGGCGCCACGCGCUGCAGUUCAACAACGCGGAUUUCAGAUUCCGGCUUCCGAGCUAAGCCUUGGCCGCACGGAAUUGGCUGUACGGCCGUCACCCGCACCGCGGCCCAUUUGCGGUCGGAAGAAUCGGGCCCUAGCCGGCCGCCGUAGCCGCCUCUGUCUGUAGUGGGCGGGGCCAAGGCUGGGGUGACCCCGCCGGAGCUGCCGCUGCCAGCGACAUGUUCAAGGCUCCUGGGUGAUUUAGAUGCUGCUUGUCUCCUUUCACAAUUUGAAUAGCAAGAACUGAGGCAAAUUGUGAAGUGAAUGGCUUUUUUGCAUGUGUGUUUUCCAGGUAAUUCAGAGGUUCGUGGGGCCGGCCAGCCUGAGCCUGCUCACCUUCAAGGUCUAUGCAUCAUCAAAAAAGGACUCACCUCACAAAGAUACUGUGAAGGUUAAUGAGCUUUCACUCUACUCCGUUCCUAAGGAUCAGUCUAAAUAUGUGGAAGAACCAAGGACCCAACUUGAAGAAAGCAUCUCUCAUCUCCGACAUUAUUGCGAACCAUAUACAAGUUGGUGUCAGGAAAAGUACUCCCAAAAUAAGCCCAAGAUGCAAAGUUUGGUUCAAUGGGGGUUAGACAGCUAUGAAUAUCUCCAAAAUGCACCUCCUGGAUUUUUUCCAAGACUUGGUGUUAUUGGUUUUGCUGGAGUUGUUGGACUUGUUUUGGCUAGAGGUUCAAAGAUAAAGAAGCUUGUGUAUCCACCUGGUUUCAUGGGAUUUGCUGCCUCUCUUUAUUAUCCACAGCAAGCCAUUGUAUUUGUCCAGGUCAGUGGAGAGAAAUUGUAUGACUGGGGUUUACGAGGCUACAUUGUCGUAGAAGAUUUGUGGAAGGAGAACUUUCAAAAGUCAGGAAAUGUGAAGAACUCACCUGGAAAUAAGUAGAAUACUCCAUGCUCUGCCCAUUUUAAUCAGGUAAACAUUGGAAACUCCAUAUGGUAAACCAGUAUUUCUACAGAAAAAUGGCAGAGAAGUCAGUAUUGAAUGUAGUAAAUUGGCAUUCUUCUGGAAAAACUCUCCUAGGCAUCUUUGUUAUCUUGGGUGAUGCCAUACUCCAAGUGGACUAAUCUGAAAUUCUUCCACCUAGAGAUAAUGUAUAAGCCUUAGAACUCCUCAUUCUCAUGUUGCUAUUUAUGUACAUAAUUAAAGAUCUAAGUUA